ACUGACAGGACGAGCUGUGAGCGCUGAGGUGGGCGCGGGCAGCUGGUAAAUCAACAACCCACGUCGCCGUCAAAAGAGAUUAAAGUUCAGUUCGGCCAUCAAACGACCCUCGGAAAAAAACAAUGAAUCUGUUUGUGGAAACUCUUCUGUUCCUGGGCACGCUCGUCUACUCCUACCUGGAGGCUUUCGUGAAGCUGUUUGUCCCCGUGAGGAGGAAGUCUGUCAGCGGAGAGCUUGUGCUCAUCACGGGUGCUGGCCAUGGCGUCGGAAGAGCGACCGCCCUCGAGUUCGCCAAGCGCCAGAGCAGGCUGGUCCUCUGGGACAUCAGCAAGCACGGCGUUGAGGAGACGGCAGCAGAAUGCCAGGGUCUGGGGGCCACUGUUGAAACCUUCGUGGUGGACUGCAGCAAACGGGAGGAGAUCUACAGCGCUGCAGAGAAGGUGAAAAAGGAAAUUGGGGAUGUGACCAUCCUGGUGAACAAUGCUGGUGUGAUCACAGCUGCCGACCUGCUCUCAACUCAGGACCACCAGAUAGAAAGAAUGUUUGAAGUCAACAUCCUGGCUCACAUGUGGACGACAAGAGCUUUUCUGCCAGCCAUGAUGAACAACAACUAUGGGCACAUUGUCACGGUGGCUUCGGCAGCAGGUCAUUUUGUGACUUCUUUCAUGGUGGCUUAUUGCUCGAGCAAGUUUGCUGCAGUUGGAUUUCAUAAAGCUCUGACAGAGGAGCUGUCUACCCUGGGAAAGGAUGGAAUAAAAACCACAUGCCUUUGUCCGGUUUUUAUAAACACUGGAUUUGUCAAAAACCCCAGAACAAGGCUUGGAAAGAUUUUGGAGAUUGAAGAGGUUGUAGAGGCUCUGAUGGAAGGAAUAGUGACCAACCAGAAAAUGGUUUUUGUUCCAUCAAAUCAGAGUGUUGCUUUACUGCUUGAAAGAGUGUUUCCAGAACGUGCCCUGAAUGUUCUGAAGAAGAUGACCGAUGUCAAGUUUGAUGCAAUCAUUGGGCAGGGAAGCACCCAGUGAAAAGCAAGAAUUGAUUCUCGUUUCGCAGUGGCACGAGUGAAAACAGAACAUGUGCUGAGGGUAGUUCAGCUGGUUUGAUACAGAACAAAGACAGGUGCUUCCAGGCCACCAUUUCCAAGCACAUGGAAGGGUUUAUCCCACACCUGCAGCAGGAACACACCUGCAUAAUGUGGAGUGUUAGCUAAGCAGAGAUGCAGCUCUAAAAGUCUAAAGGACUGCUUUGAGUGUACAUCACAUUGCCUCUGUCUCGUAGUGUUGAGGCAGACAGGAAUUCCCACAAAGCCUGUAUUUGGGACAGCACAGCUGCCUAUUUGAGUGCCAAGAUUGCUUGAGAAUAUGUUAAUCUGGACACAUCCCUGAGCAAAGCUGUCUUGCAAGAAGGAAUUUAUACAGCAGGUGGGUGGCCUGUUUCACCUCAAUUUAUAUUUUUAUAUGUACAAUGAAUUUCACGUACUUUUGUACCAAGUACCUGAAACAAUAUGGGUAUGUUAUAUAAUACCUAAUUACAUCGAUUAUCAAUUAUGAAUGAGCACCAUCAAUAUACCUUUAUAUUAAUAAAUACAGUUCUUUAACACAAA